AUUAAGGUCAAGCGCGAGAGUAAGAACUACACAAGGAGUUAGAGUACCUUAGCAAAACUUUGCUAUCAGGUUGAGCUGUGAUGGGCGAUGAAGUGUUGUUGCUGAGUGGAGUUUUUGUCGAACUUAAAGUAGGCUCAGAAAGGAUACAUGUCUUCAUACAUGUAUCUCAGUUAUGCAUUCCGCUGUAAACACUGAUUAUUUCAGUUACGCCUUCCGUUGCAAACUCUGAUAAUGUUUUAGCCAAGCCCCUAACGAUGCCUUUUUCCUUUUUAAGGAAUAUUUCACGCAUAUUCAAGCUCUUUGAGUAUUCUUUUAUGCGCCCCUUUCUAAACCCGCUUCUUAAUUUCCCUUCCCCAGUCAUGGUUUUCCCGGAUUAAUUAUCCUUAGUUAAGGCCGGUCGUGACAGAGUGGUAUCAGAGCAGUUCGUUUGCUCUGAGCCUAAGAGUUUAUUUAAGCCAAACUUAGAAUGGAUCACUAAAGUGUCUAGAGUUCAAUCGACAAAGCUCAGCACUUCAUCGUAUCACACUCAACGAAGCAGAAUGGUAUGCUCUUCCAAGUUUUGAGUUAAUGUUUACAAAAAGUGAAAAUUAUCGUAAUAGCAAAGUGAGUAACUGUUAAUAACUAUGUUAUGUUGUUAUUGAAUGAAAUGAUUUACGCAAGCGCGAUUAAGUAUGCCUAUGGAAUGAAUCCCUAUGAACAUAGAGCUAUUAAGAUAUGAGAUCACCACUACGACAGAACAUAGAAGCAAACAUAGAAAAAAAAUUAGAUUGUAUCUUUUGGUGGCUAUAGUGAAGGAAGCAAGAUAAGUGAUACGUAUAGAAAAAUUUUCUUAAGCUGAUGAUAUUAUAGCCACUAUAAAUCUCCAUGACUUAUGCUUAAGUAUCCAGUUUAGAUGAUGUGAUAUUAUAUGCUUAAGGAUUGUUAUGACUCAUAGAUUUGAGAUGCUAAGGACCCUUAAAGCUUACUACAUCAAUGAUCAAUGAUGUCAUUGGAGUCAUGACUUGUUUACAAGUUAUAUUAAGUUGACAUUUACAAGAAUUCUUUUGAGGUUUGUAUUAGAUUAUGCUAGAGUGUACUAAUUGGCACAUCUUUGCUACCAGAAUGCCGCCUAAGAGAGGACGCCCUGCGAGAAACAAUAACAAUCGCAGAAACCGUAACGCUGUACCCGAAGAACCACAAGAUGCUCAAGAACAUAACCCAUCUCCUCCGCCCCCAACUAGGAGAGUCGAAGAACUCUUUUUAAGGCAAAAUCCACCUACGUUUGACGGAACGAGUGAACCGGCUGAAGCUGAGAUUUGGGUGCGUGCAAUGGAACGCAUUUUCAACUUUCUACGUUGUACUGAUGAGGAGCGCCUAUCUUGCGUCUCAUUCCAGCUAACAGGAUCAGCGGAUUUCUGGUGGGAAGCACGUCGAAAAAUUCUGACACCUGAACAAUGGGCAAGUUAUACUUGGGAAGAUUUUAAGACAGGAUUAUAUGAUAAAUAUAUUCCGAAAAGCUAUAGGAAGAAGAAAGAAGCUGAGUUCUACGAGUUGAAGCAAGGAAAGAAAAAUGUGGUUGAAUACGACAAGGAAUUCUGCAACCUGUCGAGGUUUGCUCCACAACAAGUGGACACAGAGGAGAAGAUGGCAGAGAAAUUUUGUGCCGGACUGCGCUACGAAAUUAAGAUGGCUCUAGCAAGCCACGGAGGACUCUCAUACACGGAGUCUCUGAACAGGGCACUUGACAUUGAAGCUGCAAUGCCGUCGGACAAGUUAGCCUCACCAUUUAUCUCGACGCCAAACGACUUACCAGCAGUCUCACAUACUCUCAAAGGGAAGCGCAAGUGGGACAACAACGAAGACAAUAUCAAUCAGACCAGUAAGAAAGUGUGGCAAGAAAAUGAACGGGCCGAACAGUUUAUUCAACCAAGGUACGAGGCACAGACUAACCUCAAGUCAACUGGGGGUAACCAAGGUCAGAAAGGAGUUUUACCUUGCCCAAAUUGUGGUAAGAUGCAUAGGAGUGUCUGUCGGACUGGAACUAACGGUUGUUACAAUUGUGGACAAAAGGGUCACUACUCCACGCAAUGCCCCAACAGAUAACGAGGUUCAGCAAUUGAGAACACCUGCACCCCUUGCCAGCAAUACGUAGACACUUGCGAAAUCAGCCUCAAUCACAUCAGUGAAAAUCUUAUGGAGACACCGCAGACAAGAGAAGCUACGUGGGAACUUGAAGACAAGAUGAAGGAAAAAUACCCCGAACUGUUUUAGCAGAGAUAUGCAAAUUUCGGGACGAAAUUUUUGUUAAGAGGGGUAGUAUGUAGUAGCCCGCUCUUUUAAUUAUGAUUAAAAUUAGUAAAUGCAAUU